UAAUUCCCCCUCUUCUACCGCCAGACCAGUCGGUGGAGUUGAAGAGCGUGCUGCGCGAGAGUGAGGCGUCCGGCGAAGAAGGCGACGGAGCAUCUCCAACCGAUACACAUCCACUGCAGCAACAGGGAGGCGUCCGGCGAAGGUUGACAGCAAGUUACACUCUUCUUCUUAAAAAAAAUAAGAAUAAAGAGUCUCUACCAUUGGCACCAAUCCAAGUUGGUAUUGCCUCGACCACACGACACCGGCCGGCUCCGCACAACUAGGACAGUUAUUCCUGUUUCGGGAAACAGCUUCCAAACUGUGUAUCAGGUCGUGGUUGUUCUUCUAUAAAUUAGAUUAGUUACUGAGAAAUGGCAGAAGAUGAUGAAGGAGUGACAUUUAAGGAUCUGGGCUUAUCUGAGCAGCUGGUGGAAGCCUGUGAAAAGUUGGGUUGGAAAAAACCAUUGAAGAUUCAAGCUGAAGCAAUCCCUCUUGCACUGGAAGGAAAAGAUGUUAUUGGGCUGGCACAAACUGGCUCUGGUAAGACUGGUGCUUUUGCUCUUCCGAUACUGCAUGCUCUUCUAGAAGCACCGCGACCAAAAGAUUUUUUUGCUUGUGUGUUGUCUCCUACAAGAGAGCUUGCUAUUCAAAUCUCUGAACAGUUUGAAGCAUUAGGUGCUGAAAUUGGUGUCAAGUGUGCUGUGCUAGUUGGAGGGAUUGAAAUGGUGCAACAGACAAUUAAGAUAGCAAAGCAGCCUCAUAUUAUUGUUGGGACACCUGGUCGUGUUUUAGAUCACCUAAAAAACACUAAAGGUUUUACUCUUAACAGAUUAAAAUAUUUGGUCCUAGAUGAGGCUGACAGGCUGUUGAAUGAGGAUUUUGAGGAAUCUCUCAAUGAGAUUCUGCAAAAUAUCCCUCAACAAAGAAGAACAUUUCUGUUUUCUGCUACGAUGACUAAGAAGGUCCAAAAACUCCAAAGGGUUUGUUUAAGGAAUCCUGUGAAGAUUGAAGCAGCAUCUAAAUAUUCUACCGUUGACACUUUGAAGCAGCAGUUUCGCUUUUUGCCUGCCAAGCACAAGGAUUGCUACCUGGUCUAUAUUCUGACUGAAAUGGCUGGAAGCACAUCCAUGGUGUUUACUCGCACAUGUGAUUCAACUCAGCUUCUGGCUUUAACUCUUAGAAAUUUGGGUCUCAAAGCCAUCCCAAUUAACGGUCAUAUGAGCCAAUCAAAGAGACUUGGAGCCUUGAAUAAGUUCAAGUCUGGGGAUUGCAAUAUCCUUAUUUGCACUGAUGUGGCAAGCAGAGGUCUGGACAUUCCCACAGUGGAUAUGGUUAUCAACUAUGAUAUUCCUACGAACUCAAAGGAUUAUAUACAUCGUGUGGGAAGAACUGCACGGGCUGGGCGAUCUGGUGUUGCCAUUUCCCUUGUCAAUCAAUACGAGCUGGAGUGGUACAUCCAGAUAGAGAAGCUUAUAGGGAAGAAGUUACCAGAGUAUCCUGCGCAGGAAGAGGAGGUUCUUCUUUUGGAAGAGCGUGUUAGUGAGGCCAAAAGAUUAUCAAUGAUGAAAAUGAAGGAGAAUGGAGGGAAGAGGAGAAGGAAGGGUGAAGGAGAUAGUGAAGAGGAAGAUAUCGAGAAAUACUUAGGUCUCAAGGAUGGAAAAUCAUCCAAGAAGUUCAAAAAGAAAUGAGAAUACACCUCUGUUGGAUUUGUUUUUGAAAUCUUUGAUUGUAUAUGGCAAUUUUGAUAUUUAUUUAAUAUUUAAUUUAGUUGCUGCAUUAGGUUGAGUUUUCUUUAAUGUAACACGCUUCUGCUAAUGUCAUAGGUGAGAGAGCUUGGUCAUUGAGGGAUCUAAAUGAAAUGUACGUCAUCGAGAAAUUAAUGUUUUAAACUUUUACCAUCGAGCGAAUAGGAAAGCUGUUACUGUCUGCACUAGUAAUGCACAUGUGUUUAAUUUGCUGGUCAGGGACGUAUCUUGUAAUCAUACCAGUUAUGAGGUAAUCAACUAUGGCAAAUCUAUACUAGCUA